CAGCGGCCUGAGACCCGAGACCCGAGUCCCCGCCCGUGGACCACUCCAGCUCCGGUGCCGGGGUUUGCGGGGAGCCGCGAACGGGGCCGCGUCACUCGCCUGGCUCCGAGGACGCGAUGAGGCUCCUGCUCGUCCCGCUGUUGUUGCUGGGCGUUUCAUUCUCCGGGGUUAAAAAUGAAAAACCGGAGGAGAAGGGGAUCGUUCCCGGGAAGCCGACACCGCUGAAGCCCGGCGUAGAGAGCAAUGUGACCGGUGGCGGUGGGUCGGCAGCGGCCAAGCUAGUGGUCGGAGGGCCAGAUAUCGGAGGGUCAAAGGCCGGAGGGUCAGAGACCGGAGGGCCAAAGACCGGAGGGUCAGAGACCGGAGGGUCAAAGGCCGGAGGGUCAGAGACCGGAGGGUCAAAGGCCGGAGGGUCAGAGGCCGGAGGGUCAGAGACCGGAGGGGCAAAGGCCGGAGGGCCAGAGACCGGAGGGUCAGAGACCGGAGGGUCAAAGGCCGGAGGGUCAGAGACCGGAGGGUCAGAGACUGGAGGGUCAGAGACCGGAGGGUCAAAGGCCGGAGGGCCAGAGACUGGAGGGUCAAAGACUGGAGGGUCAGAGACCGGAGGGUCAAAGGCCGGAGGGACGGCGGGCAUCAGUCCAGAGGGCGGGGAGACCACUGACCCCGAACCGACCGAGGAGGCGGAGGCAGAUAACGACGAUAUCCCAGAGGGAGGCCCGGGCGGGCCAGAGGAAGAAGGGGAGACCGUUGAAGAGGUGGUCAAGCCGGGGCGGGCACAGGCCGGGCCGGAGACGGUGCCGGAGGACGUGGCGGAGAGCAGCCACUUCUUCGCCUACUUGGUCAGCACCGCCAUCAUCGUGGCCGUCAUCUAUGUUGCCUACCACAACAAGCGCAAGAUUAUUGCAGUUGUUGUCGAGGGACGGAGAUCAAAGGCCUCUCGACGGCCAAAGACCACCGACUAUCAGCAGCUGGACCAGAAGAUGUGAAGUGGAUCGGUGGAUGUUCUGUGGAGCCCGCAGCGUCUCGCUGGAGCCGGGCGAUAGCCCCCACACACCCACCCCCCUCGCUGCCCCCUCGCUCCCCCGACCCACACUACAUCCCUGCUACACCCAGGGUCUCUGCGUCUGAUCUGCCCGCUCACGGAACACUGGGGGGAGGGGGUGAUGGGUGAUUGAAGGGGG